AUGGGAAAAAUAAGUUAAAAUAACUCCAAAAAGGAAGAUAAUUCAAUUUAUGAAAAAAGAAUAAUAGUGAUAUAAAGUCCUUUUAUACCAAAUGAAGGUAAAUUGAGAAAUCGUUUAGCUAGAAAGAAGCAAUACAAUUGAAAAUAAAUUUAGUGAAAUGAGUCAAAAUGGAAAACUACAAUAAUUAAAAAAUCCAUAAAAAUAAUUCUCAAGCGCCGAAAGAGGACAACUGUUAAAUUUAAGCUGA